GGAAAGGCGGCUGUGGCGGCAGGGCAGGGUUGGGCGCUAUUACCCCCUUUCCGAAAGACCGAGAAAGACUCGGUUGCCAACUCCCACCCCAAAUCCUCCUGGGGCCAUGAACGGGAAUUGGGCGGGGUGUAGGGGGCCCUGCGGUGUGUCCCGGUCCUCGGGUGCCCAGCCACGUAAAUCUCCUUGGUGACGCCCUGCCACCGUCUCUUUUCUUCCCUAUGGUCCUGCAGAGUGCAGACUUAAAUCCAAGGUUAUGGCAAAACACCUGAAGUUCAUUGCCAGGACUGUGAUGGUACAGGAAGGGAACGUGGAGGGUGCAUAUAGGACCCUCAACAGAAUCCUCACCAUGGAUGGGCUCAUUGAGGACAUUAAGCGACGGCGGUACUAUGAGAAGCCUUGCCGCCGGCGACAGAGGGAAAGCUAUGAAACUUGCCGGCGAAUCUACAACAUGGAAAUGGCUCGCAAGAUCAACUUCUUGAUGCGAAAGAAUCGGGCGGAUCCAUGGCAAGGCUGCUGAGGCCUGUGGAUAGUCAGCCCAGUAUGAAAACCCCUAUCCAGUUCUAUCUCCACCUCCUUUCUUUUUCCCAUCCCAUUUUCUCUUACCUUUCUUACAAUAAACUCAGUCACGUAUAUCUAAGAAGGCCUGCAUAUAUAGAAGCAAUCCCACUAGUCAGUGUUGGACCCUCUUUUAUUAAGUGAAAGAAACGGAGUCAUAAAGUAGUCGAGGAGUAGAAUGGUGGUUGCCAGGGGCUGGCUGGGAAGGGGGAAUGGGGAGUUAUUGUUUAAUGGGUACAGAGUUUCAGUUUGGGAAGAUGGAAAAGGUUCUGGAGAUGGCUGGUGGUGAUAAUUGCACGACAGUGUGAAUGUACUUAAUGCCACUGAACUAUAAACUUAAAUGGGUGAAAUGGUAAAUUUUAUGUAUAUCUUACUAUAAUAAUUUUUUAAAUAGUUGAGAUGAGGAAAUUUUCUAAAACGUAGUGGAAUAUAUCUACCAUUCCCCACCCAAUUUUUAUGAAACCCAAAGCAAGAUCUUAUUAUUGGAAAAGCAUCUGUUAGUCUUUACUGAACUGCCCCCCAACUGUUAAGUAAAGGAGAGGAAGCGUGUAUGUAUUUGGAAUAAAUUCUGCUUCUGAAACAUC